UAGACACCCUCCAAAUACAGAGGCUGAGAGAGAAAUUGGAAGCGAAUCCAAAAAAAGACUUUGCAAACUAAAAAGAAGUAGUGCUAAAAGGAAGUAGGCAAAGGGCUACAUGUAGUCAUGGCUCCUUGGACGAGGACCACAACAGAGCGGUACGGUGUAGGAGAAAAGCAGCUUUCCCUUGAGGUAGGAGAUGCGGUCCAAAUCCAGGAGGUCUGUGAUGGAUGGUACAGAGGCCACCUGGUCAGGAACAAAGUCGUGUGGGGAGUGUUCCCUGCCAGUUUUGUCCAUCUUAGGGAGGUUGUCGUUGAAAAACGAGGAGGAGAGGAGGUUGUGCUGUCUGCAGAGAUGCCCUUGGUGAAAGAGGUGACCACCACUUUGAGGGAGUGGGGAAGCAUAUGGAAGCAGCUCUUCGUGGCCAACAAGCGGACGCGUGUGAAGCAGGUCCAGAGGCUGAUGUGUGAGCUUAUGGAGUGGCGUUCCCAGCUCCUGUCUGGCACUCUGCCUAGUGACGAAUUCAAGGAGCUCAAGCAAAAAGUCACCUCGAAGAUUGACUAUGGCAACAAGAUCCUGGAGCUGGACCAAGUGGUGAGAGACGAGGAUGGGAACAUCUUGGACCCCGAACGGGCAAACGUCAUCAGUCUUUUUCGGGCCCACGAGGAGGCUACAGCCAAGAUCAAUGAGCGCAUCAAAGAGGAGCAGUCCAACAUCCAGACGGACCACAGCGGGAUCUCCGCACGGAUCCAGUCGUCCCCCACCCACAGCCUCUACGUGUUUGUCAGGAACUUUGUCUGUCGCAUUGGAGAGGACUCGGAGCUCUUCAUGUCCCUAUACGACCCUGUCAAACAAGCCAUUAUCAGUGAGAACUACUUAGUUCGCUGGGGCAGCAAAGGAUUCCCGAAGGAGAUUGACAUGCUGAACAACCUGAAGGUUGUCUUUACAGACUUGGGAAACAAGGACCUGUGCAGAGAGAAGAUUUAUCUGAUCUGUCAGAUAGUGAGAGUGGGCAGGAUGGACCUAAAAGAGACUUUGAACAAGAAGUGCACCCAAGGCCUGAGGCGGCCCUUUGGGGUGGCAGUGAUGGACAUCAGUGAUAUCAUCAAAGGGAAGAAUGAAUGCGAUGAAGAGAAGCAGUUCUUUAUCCCAUUCUUCCCGGUAGUUGCUGAGAAUGACUUUCUACACUCCUUGCUGAACAAAGUGACAGCGUCACGAGGAGACAGUGGCGGGCAAGGUCUGUGGGUGACUUUGAAGACUCUGGUCGGGGACAUAGUUCAGAUCCGGAAGGAAUACCCUCACCUGGUGGACCGCAGCACCGUGGUGGCCCGCAAGCUGGGCUUCCCGGAGAUCAUUAUGCCGGGAGACGUGCGCAACGACAUCUACCUCACCUUACAGGGCGGCGACUUCGACAAAUACAACAAGACGACACAGAAAAACGUGGAGGUCAUCAUGUGGGUCUGCGAUGAGGAGGGCAAGGUCAUACAGAACUCCAUCUGUUUGGGCGCAGGGGAUAAGGCGGUCAGUGAGUACAGAUCCGUCAUCUACUACCAAGUCAAACAGCCCCGCUGGAUGGAGACAAUUAAGGUGGCUGUUCCCCUGGAAGAAAUGCACAGGAUUCAUUUACGCUUCAUGUUCAGACACCGCUCUUCCCAGGAGUCCAAGGACAAGAGCGAGAAGAACUUUGCCAUGGCCUUUGUGCGUCUGAUGAAGGACGACGGGACAGUUCUGCAAGAUGGACUGCAUGACCUUGUAGUCUUCAAGGGUGACAGCAAGCGCAUGGAAGACGUGAACUGCUACCUCUCACUGCCUUCGACCCGCAACAACCACAGCGACAACCACAAGGGGUCAGUGCUGAGUCGCAGCUCCAGCAACGUGUCCGGGAGUGGAGGCCUGUCCGUCAGCUCCAGAGACAGCUUCUGCACCUCCACCCUGGUCUGCUCCACCAAGCUCACCCAGAAUGUGGGCCUGCUGGGGCUGCUCAAGUGGAGGAGUCGACCCGAACUCCUCAAAGAAAACCUUGAGAAACUCAAAAUGAUUGAUGGAGAGGAGGUGGUCAAGUUUCUGCAGGACACUCUGGAUGCCUUGUUCAGCAUCAUGAUGGAACACUCUCAGACUGACGACUAUGACAUACUUGUUUUUGACGCCUUGAUAUACAUCAUAGCUCUGAUUGCUGAUAGGAAGUUCCAGCACUUCAACACAGUGUUGGAGGCCUACAUCAAGCAGCAUUUCAGCGCUACACUCGCAUACAA